AUGGCCAAUAGCACCACAAGUCCAAGUUAUAACGAAUGCAAUUUUAGCACCGAACGUUUUGACCAAMUUUCGACAAAUCUUACUCAAUCCUCCCGCGUAACCCUGUUGUCAUUUGCUGUCCUCAAUGGGCUGGCAGCUUUGCCAACAUUCAUGGUCAACUUGUUAGUCACGUGGACUGUGCUAGAAAGUCCACGACUUCGAUCUUCUAACUACAACAUCUUGGUCGCCAUACUUUCUUUCAGUGACAUGUUAACAGGUUUGGUGGGUCAACCUCUUUUUGUAUCAUUUUCUGCUUGUCAUGCUUGGGACUGCGUUAUCUCUUGCAAGCUUAAAGUGGCUUUCAGCGUAACGAGUGUACUCAAUACUCGGUGGACUCUUGCGACUCUAGCAAUUGUUUGCGUAGAGCGCUAUCUCUACAUUCACCAUCCAUUGAAGUACUCCAACAAGGUUACCAUCCAAAAGUCUUUCAUUACAGUGGUAGUAAGUUGGUUUACGGUAGCAGUAGGGGCGGCUGUACAAAAGAUCGAGCAUAAACACGCCUUCUUCGUGAGAAGACUCGUCGGUCUUACCUUUCUUCUGCCUGUCGUUGCCAUCAUCGUCUUCUGCUCCAUAAAAAUGCACCUAACCCUGCGCCGUCAGAGAAGAGCCAUAGCCGUUGUGUUACCCCAAGGAGUAGCUUCGCGUCAGUCCAAAGUAAAAGAAUUCAAGCGUAUUGAUGUCUUCCAAAUUGCACUACUUAUUUUUGCCUUGCAGUAUUCCCCACUUGUAAUAUCACAAGUAUUCUGGACUUUGAAAGGACCGGGCUUGGCUUCCAGUUUGAAAAUAAUUACAUCUUCACUGACAGUUACCUGUAUUUAUUCGAAUUCUCUAAUCAAUCCAUUCCUAUACUCUAUCAGACUUAGUGAUAUCCGCAAAGGCGUGAGAUCCAAACUACCAAGAUUUAGAGCGACAGACUUGGCAUCUUCAGUUGUUCGCGUAGAUAUAAAUGCAGCAAAUAGAGACGGUUGA